AACGAAAGACUCAUGCGCAGUUCGUCUCCACGGCCUAGCACGUUGCGUGUAUGUACAUGGUGUGAGGUCUUGGUACGCGUACAGACUUUCUGCAGGUGUCUGGCACUAUACUGUAUAUUGCGCAAUUUAUUUAUUUCCGAUCUUCCAGUGCUUCUAAACAAGGGGGAGCGUUAUGGCGGAACCGGUAGCCGCGAUGUGCGAUCAGCUAAUUAAAGCUGUGAAUGUGAUGAUGGACGCAGAAUCUAGCCAACGAUACCGCCUGGAGGCCCUGAAGUUCUGUGAGGAGUUCAAAGAGAAAUGCCCGUUUUGUGUUCCCUGUGGUCUGCAACUGGCAGAUAAAGCACAAUCGCCAGUCGUCCGACACUUCGGCUUACAAAUAUUGGAACAUGUUAUCAAGUUUCGGUGGAACAACAUGCCACCUCAAGAGAAGGUCCAGUUAAAAAACUGCGCAAUGGGGCUGCUGUCAAACGGCACGCACCCCAUCAUGGAGGAGGAGAGCCACAUAAAAGACGUCCUCUCGCGCAUCAUCGUGGAGAUGAUCAAGAGGGAGUGGCCUCAGCACUGGCCCGACAUGCUGACCGAACUGGAGGCCCUCACCAGUUUGGGGGAGGCGCAGACGGAGCUGGUGAUGCUGAUCCUCCUGCGGCUGGCCGAGGACGUGGUGACCUUCCAGACGCUGCCCUCGCAACGGCGCAAGGACAUCCAGCAGACCCUCACCCAGAACAUGGAGAGCAUCUUCAGCUUCCUGCUCACCAUCCUGCAGCGCAACGUGGACGAGUACCGCCGGCUGAAACGAGUUCCAAGUCAAGAAUUGAAGGCUAAGGCACACUGUCGGGUGGGCGUGGCCACACUCAACACCCUGGCAGGCUACAUUGAUUGGGUGGCCCUGGUCCACAUCACCCACGAGAACUGCCGCCUGCUGGAGAUGUUAUGCCUGUUGCUAGGGGAACCGGAGCUGCAGCUGGAGGCAGCCGAAUGCCUGCUCAUCGCCGUCAGCAGGAAGGGUAGACUGGAGGACAGGAAGCCUCUUAUGCUGCUGUUUGAUGAUGUGGCCAUGCACUACAUUCUGUCUGCCGUGCAGUCAGCAGAUGGGGCUGCAGUCUCUGGCUCACAGUCAGGGGAGAUGCCGGGGGUGGUGGAGAGGGACUACACCUUCCUGAAGAGGCUGUGCCAAGUGCUCUGUGCCUUAGGCACUCAGCUCUGCUUCCUGGUGGGCUCCAAUGUUGAGGUGGAAGUCCCUGCCAACCUCAACAAGUACUUGGAAGCAUUCUUGGCCUUCACCACCCACUCCAGCCAGUUUUUAAGGUCUUCCACCCAGAUAACGUGGGGCACUUUGUUCAGACAUGAGGUCUUGUCGAAGGACCCAGUCAUUGUGAAGAUGACCGUCAGGUACUUGAAGGCCACUGUGAACAACCUGGUGAAGACUGGGUUCCCAUCCAAAAAUGACAGCCCAAGCUGUGAGUACUCGCGUGUGGACUUCGACAACAACGAAGACUUCAACUCCUUCUUCAACAGUUUCCGGGCCCAGCAGGGGGAGGUGGUCCGCAGCGCCUGCAAGAUCGUCCCGCUGGAGGCCUUCCAGAUCGCGGGGGAGGGGCUGCAGUUCCAAAUCGCCGCGCCCAUCGACGUGGGCACCACUGUGUCUAAGACGGCAGAGGGCCUGUGUUCGGUCCUUUCCCCGUCUGCGGUGCAGUGGGACGCCAUGACCUUCUUCACCGAAAGCGUGGUGGGACAGCUCUUCAAGACCCUGGACAAGGAGAAGCUUCCUAUCGAGCAGGGCAUCGAGCUCCUGCAGGCCGUGCUCAACUACAACACGCGGGACCCCCUCAUCCUGUCCUGCGUCCUCACCAACGUCUCCUCCCUCUUCCCCUUCGUCACGCACCGGCCGGAAUUCCUGCCCCAGGUGCUCUACAAGCUCUUCGGCUCCAUCACGUUUGAAGUGGUAGAAGAGAGCAAGGCCCCCAGGACUCGCUCUGUGAAGAAUGUCAGAAGACACGCCUGCUCUUCCAUCAUCAAGAUGUGCAGAGACUACCCACAGUUCAUCCUGCCCUGCUUCGACAUGCUCUACACCCACGUGAAGGGUCUGUUCUCCAACGAGCUGCUGCUGACGCAGAUGGAGAAGUGUGCCCUGAUGGAGGCCCUGGUGCUCAUCAGUAACCAGUUUAAGGACUACGCCAAGCAGCAGGCCUUCCUGGAGGAGCUCAUGGCCCCUGUGUCCUUGCGCUGGCAGUCCGAGGAGACCACCCGCGUGCUUUGGGACCCAGCGCAGUUCCUGGGCUUCGUGGGGGCCGACCAAACGAACAUCGACCCCAUCGCAGAGGACAUGACCGGGAUCAGCAGGUCAAGGAUCAGCUUUUGUGUGUACACCAUUCUGGGGGUAGUGAAGCGGGCUCGCUGGCCUGCUGAUCUGGAGGAAGCCGCGGCCGGAGGAUUUGUGGUGGGGCACACCCCCGCCGGCGCCCCCAUCUUCCGUAACCCCUGCACCACCCAGGUCCUCGCCCUGCUGCCCAACCUGCUGGCCCUCAUCAGGACCCAUAACAACCUCUUCCUGCCAGAGAACAUGGCCCGGCUAAGCGACACCUUCACCAGGGCCUACGAGGUCAUGGACGUGGAGAAGAACCUGGUGCUAGGGCUCCCCCAGCCAGUGCUGGAUAUCUACGACUCCCCCGUGUACAAGACCACCCUGGAGCGCAUGCAGGGCUUUUUCUGCACCCUCUACGACAACUGCUUCCAUAUCCUUGGCAAUGCUGGCCCCUCCCUACAGCAGGACUUUUACACCAUUGAGGGCCUGGCAGAGAAGAUCGUAAACUCCGCCCUGGUCAACCUGGACAACGUCCCCGACCACCGCCUGCGGCCCUUGCUCCGGGUCUUCAUCAAGCAGCUGGUGGUGUCCUGCCCUCAGGAGUAUUACGAGGGCCUGCUCUGUCCGCUGCUCGGACCGCUCUUCGCCUACAUGCUCCAGAGGCUGAGUCAGAGGUGGCAGUUCAUUAACCAGAAAGGCAUUCUGUGCAGCUCAGAUGAUGACGAGGUCUGUGAGGAGAAGCAGGUGACCCAGGAGAUGCUGGAGGAGCAGCUGGUGCGACUGGUGACCCGGGAGGUGAUGGACCUCAUCUCUGUGACCUGCAUAUUGAAAAAGGCUCCCGAACCUGCGGGAAAUAAAGAAGACGUGGAUGAGGAGGAGAUGAUGGCGACUGACUCAUCGCAGGCCACCCAGGGGACGCCCACCUACCCCACCGACGAGCUGACCGAGCUGGGGAAGUGCCUACUGCAGCACGAGGACAUCUACAUGACUCUGUUGACCUUAUCCUUCAACUCGCUGUCCUGGAGGGACACAGGAAACUGCCACCGCAUGGCCUCCUUAGUGUGCUGGACUCUGCUCCGCCAGGUGGUCGGGGGCAGCCUGCUGCCGGAGGCGGUGACGUGGCUGUACACCAGCGUGCUGAAGGGGCUGCAGAUGCACGGGCAGCACGAGGGCUGCUGUGCCGCUCUGAUGCAGCUGGCCUUCACCAUCUACGAGACCCUGAGGCCGCGGUACUCGGAGCUCCGGACCAUCAUGGGCCAGAUCCCCAACAUCCAGGUGGAGGCGCUGAACCAGUACGACCUGAAGCUGCUGAACCCGCCCCCUCAGAAGGUGGGGGAGAAGAAGAAGAAGGACCAGUUUAAGAGGCUCCUGGCCGGCAUCGUAGGGAAACCCCUGGGGCAGCAGUUUAAGAAGGAAGUCCACAUCCGGAACCUUCCCUCCCUCUUUAAGGUGAAGCCGGACGCCAUGAGGGACGUUCUGGAGAGCAGCGAGGACACGGCGCUGACCUCCCUCUUCACGCCGUCGCAGGAGGGCAUCUAACCGGGACGGCGGCCCAUAGGGGGCGCAGUGACUCCACCCGGAAAUCCCCGGCCCCUUGUCCCCUCAGCUCAGCCCCACCCCACCCGUUCCAGGGCAUAAAAGGGCCUUUUUUUUUAUUUUUUAAAAGGUAGAAUAUUAACACGCAAGUCCGCCUUCAGAUACGGUUUCCAAAAACUGUGUUAUCCUUGAGAUUCCUCGGGACGUACGGGCUGGGGGGCAGGGGGGCUGUCGUCACCCUCGGAACGUAGUCGGGGCGCAGACGACGACACGCGUAGACGAGCGGCAGACUUAAAAACGUGUGUCUUUUUUUAAACGACAAAAAAAAAAAAAAACCUUGACGCUAAUAUGAUACUUUAUGCGUUACGGUCUGUGGUUGAACCUGAGAAAGUCCGCUCAGCCUUCAGGAGUCACGGUUCGGUUCUCCACCGAAACAACACCGGUCUACAUUCCUCAUUUCCUGUUUCCUGUUUUUUUCAGUGCACAUUCAUCUGUUGCCUUUGUUUUGUUUUUAAAACUGGUUAACUCAACACUAAGAAUUUUUUGUGUACAUGAAACAGAGUAUUCCAGGUGACAUUGUCUUUAUAUAUUUUGCCGUUUUUAAUAAAUGGUAGACGUGAGCGUCUGGAAAGUGCGGAGCAGUGGAUUUGUAGAUGGAUUUUUGCAUCAUAUUCUUCUAGAACACAAUUUGCAUUUAAAGGUAGGAUUUUCCUGCCUUUUACACUUCCCUAUCAGAAGAAUUGACAGUUCUGGGUGAGGGGGGGGAGGGGGGGGGUACAGUCUGGCAUCAUAUAGCAUAGAGCAGGGGUGUCCAAUCUUAUCCAAAAAGGGCCAGUGUGGGUGCAGGUUCCUACUUUAGCCCAGCACUAUGGCACUUGAUUCAACUGAUUAACUAAUUGUGGUCUUCAAUAUAGACAUCAAUAAGUAGAAUCAAGUGUAUUCGUGUUGAGUUAAAAUAAAAAAUCUGCACUCACAUUUACCCUUUCUGGAUAAGAUUGGACACACCUGAUACAGUCUCAAGGUGGAAAUAGUACCUGAGUUCUGUCACAGACCCAAACUAUAUAGAAAUGAAACUCUUCUCCUGGCUUCUCACCUUUGGUCCUUCAGUAAAAACACAUAAACAAGUACAACCCAGAGUGGGCUUGCCUUUUAUGAACCAUUUGAGUGUUCUGCCUGUGCAUAAACUUAUGAAUAAACGCGCCCAACCACAUUAAUUCAGUAUAACGUUUAUAUAACGCUUCCUCCCUGCUAUCUGGGUGGUUUCAUAGGAAGUAAACCCAACUUUAUUGACUGGCGAGAAGUUUAAGCAGUAUUUUGUUUUAACACCCUUCAUCGAUUACAUUUCUGCUCUGAAACUUGUACAAUAUAAAAAUUUUUGAUGAAGUGUGCACUGAUGUAUGUGCAGUAAAAUGCCUGAUCUUGUUCAAAUUGUCAUUUAGUCAGUCCUUUUCCCAAAUAUAAAACUUUUUUUCUACCAUCAUAUUGGCAUAAGGAGUAUUUUUUCCAAUUGAAGCCAAACUAAAUUCCCCUUAACACUCUUAAGUACAAUAGUGCAAAUAUGUAAACGUUUGUGAAUUGAGAGGGAAUGUAAGAUUGAUCAUUUCUUCAAGAAACUUAUUAAAAAGUUGAUAACACCCCAAAUACAUAGCGAAUCUCGCUUCAAGUGAGCGUUUGCAACAGAGGGCGUCAGAACGUACAUUAUAUAUUAAGUAGUAGGUGGCAUUCAAACGACCAGGAAUGCUGCUCAGACUUGAGGUUUCGUUUGCAAAUAACAAUCUUGGAUCGCGUGUUGCACAUCAGUAGGCGUAUGGUAACGGAUUUUGGUCACACUUCAUUGCUAAAGGAAUCACGGAAGAUCGGUUCCGUAGUUCCAUUUUAUGAUCUUUAACACGUGACCAGUUUCAUUAAGUGCAUUCUGAUUCUGGGGCGCACACCUUAGUCUAAUUGCAAUCGCAAUAACUCAGUUAUACUUUUAAAACUAGGCCGACACACAGGUGAUAACGGGGCAUCAUCAUCAGCAUGUGACGGUGCUCUGACACGACACACCUUUCAUUUGAACAGCAGGCUGAUAAUUCGAUCUUUGACCACGAGUAGUCUGGGUGUAAAAUGGCCAAAACAUGGUCCUGAUCUGAAUGACGCCCCGCAUUAGAUGAAUAACACUGCGUAUUUAGGAAUGGAUUCAAUUUCCCCAAAUUUACGUGCGUGACGAUCAAAUAUUAGGCUACUUUUGUAAAAGUAUUGAUAUUGUCCUGUCGCGAGAGACAUUGAUGAAGCAACUGGCAUCAUACGAAAAGAUUAGGCUAUUUCAUGGAUGCAUUUGCCCUAGACAGUCUUUCUUGAAAGAUGGCGUCAUCUUUAUGGCCAGUAGUGUUGGCUGUGUUCUUUGAGGCCGCUCAACUCACCGUUUGUGUGCCAGUGAUGACAGGGGCACCCGUCGAUGUUCCCUCCAACCGGAGUGAUGUGCUGAGAGCAGCUCGGUUCGCUGUGGUCGAAUACAACAAAGAAUUUUCCGAUGAAGAGUACGCUUACAAAGCCACAUCAAUCGCCUCGUCCAAAAUUCAGGUGGUUGCUGGGCUUAACUUUAUCCUAGAAGUUAAUCUGGGCCUCACUCAAUGCAAGAAAGAACAGACAUUCGAUGUAGAAAACUGUCCUUUACAAACAAACGGAAAGAAGCUGCAUUGCCAUUUUGUGGUGAUGGACGUCCCGUGGGAGAACAUUACGGAGUUGACACAGAGAAGAUGCGCUGCCAACCUGCAAGCGAAGGUGCACCAAAAAGCACCGUCCACUUUAGUUUCUCUGACACAUCGGAUUUUCUCGAGUUUUGUCUCUAGGUGUUGUAAUUUUUAUAAUUUAACACUAGCCUGGAUACAAAGGCACAAUGUCCUGUGAAUCAACAAAUAUUUGGACCAAAUAAAAAUAAAAGGAGCAAUACAUUUAAGUAGCUA